AUUCCAAUAUGGCUGUGGAAUCAUGGUUAAGGUUGUUUACAUACACACGUGUUUCUAGAUUAAAUUUCAAAGUAGAACGGAGAUUUUUAAACAAUAAGUACUGUACUCCAACACCACAAAACUUCAGAACUUUUGUAAAUCUCACAAGGAAAUCAGAAAAAUAUGAUAAACUUUGGAAAAAAUGUGUGUUCUGUUUAGGGAUUUGUAUUGGAUGUACAGCUGGCUUCCAGGUUUUUGAUUGGUUGAAAAAUAAGGGCUUUCAAAUAAGAUGUUACAGUUCCAUAGCCCAUGCAAAGACGAAUAACUCUAAAUCAAAGCAAUUUAAUUUUGUUGCUGAUGUUGUUGAAAUAAUUGCCCCUGCUGUAGUACAUAUUGAAGGUCACAGUCGGCGGGGCGGGUUUAUGGGUCAUGUGAUGUCAUCGUCAUCUGGCUCUGGUUUUCUGGUAUCGGAAGAUGGUUUAGUACUUACCAAUGCACAUGUUGUGCAAAAUAUGAGAAAUGUUACUGUGACACUUGCAGAUGGCUCGUCAAUUGUGGGUGAUAUCAUGAGCCUUGAUCGGGCGUCAGACCUUGCUGCUGUACAAUUACGAAAUCCAAGUAAGGUGAGAUUUCAUGGAAAUAAAUAUCUAGGGUCAUCUAAAUAUUCUGCAAUGACCUUUUCAAAUUAUUUACGAUGUCUUGACAUUUGCCCUCCUGCAUAUUAAUAAUUUAAUAUUUGAUGAUAUAAAUAAUACUAUUUUUUUGGUAUUCAGAGAAAGUUUGAAACAAUAAAACUUGGUGAUUCCUCUGAAAUUCGUCCUGGAGAAUUUGUGGUGGCUAUGGGUAGCCCUUUGCGUCUGAGUAAUACCGUAACAUCUGGUAUUGUCAGUGCUGUCCAUAGAGACUUGAGUCGACAUUUAUCUGAUGUUGAAUAUAUACAGACUGAUGCUGCAAUUAAUGUAUGUCUCUAAUCAUUGCUAGUUUUAAUAACUUUGUUUUAUUAUUUGUUAAAAAAUUGUCUGAUUGUUAGUUUACGAGAGUGCCAGACAGUGCUCUUUUCUUGACAAGUAAAAUCAUCUGACAUUAGACAGAGUAAAAUAAUGCAGUAGCUAGGGUACUAGGGUAUUUCAUUGGUUAAAAACUGUUUAUAUCAUUAGGUCAUACUACUAAAUAUAUGUAGUCAUAACAACAGUACAUUGUAUAAAUAUCUGAUUUAAGGAUUUUCUCUGUUGUCUUUAAAUAGGUUGGAAAUUCUGGUGGUCCUCUUGUCAACCUGGUAAUGCCAGAAAAUACUGACAGUAGAUUGAUUAAAGUUUAUUAAAAUAUUGCUAAAACAUUUUAAUUUAUAUUUCUAUUUCAAUCUGAGGCUUAAGAAUUAGUAUUGUACAUGAUUAAUACAUAUUAUUGUAACAGUUGUAAUUUGUAGAACGUACUUGUAUUAAAUUUAUUUAGUGGCAGCUAUAGUUAUACACCUGUGGUUGCUGUCAAGUAUUUUGACAAAUUCUAAAAAAGUCCCUAAAAAAAUCCCAAGAGGUUCUGGAAAUCCCAAAAAUUUUGUACACAUGUUUGGGCUGAUAAAGUACAUCCCUCAGGUCUAACUUCUAAGGGUGGUAUGGCAGGACACCAGAGUACUUUCACAAGUUUUCAAACACACAGAGAUUUAGGCCCCGGCAGCAUCAGCCAGUCAGCUACUCAUAUUGUGUGAAACUGUCAGUAUCCAGUUGCCCCAAUACUAAUUAAUAACAUAUAGUAUAACUGCAAGAAAUUAUGUUCUAUAAUGUAAGCUUCAGCAAUAGAUUGUUUAACCCAUUAAGCACCAGCGCUCUCCCCUUGACAAGUAAAACCGUCUGGCGUUAGACAGAGUAAAAUACUAAAGUAGGGUGCAUCAGGGUGCAAUGAGACUCAAUGGGUUUACUUAAAAUAUAAUUUUAUUUAUUUACUGUGACAAAGGAAAUUCUUCUGCUUAUUUUCAGGAUGGUGAAAUGAUUGGCAUUAACUCUAUGACAGUCCAAGGAGCCGUUGGGAUUUCAUUUGCAAUUCCUGUUAACACUGUGAAAGAGUUUCUCGAAGCUGCCCUUCAAAAGAAAUCGUCAAAAACUGCCAAAGGUUAUAUUGGUAUUCAUAUGCUCACACUGACUCCUGGUAUUAUCGAUGAAUUACUCGGCAGAGUUCCUGGUUUUCCAAGCGUCAAGAAUGGUGUGUUUAUACCUGAAGUUGUCUAUGAUUCCCCUUCGCAUAGGUAAUCUAUAAUUUGUGUUAAUUAAUUUACAAUAUAUGCAAUAUCUCCUGAAGAAAAUUAAGUAAGCCGGUUUUCCACUAGGCAGAAGUUUGCAUGCGGAAUGGAAUUUUCUUUGUCUUUUCUAAUUAGUUCCACCCGAGAAAUCACAAGACAAAGACCGGCUUAAUAGGUAGAAUGAAACAAUCUUUCCCUAUCAUUUUUUAGAGCUGGUAUUUAUCCAGGAGAUAUAAUAAUAAGCAUCAACGGAACAAAAGUGACUAACUCCCAAGAAGUGUACAACUUUGUUGCAAAAGGAGAGCUAUUGACAAUAGAGAUCUUACGAGGACUCAAGCGACUUAGGGUUGUUGUACAACCAGAAACUGCUCCAUAAAUGUUUGUUUUGAGCCACUUGGUAUAAUUUCUGGUGUGAAAAUGCAACUCAAGCUAUGCAAUCUACACUAGAUAGCCCUUUUUGGUCCUAAAACUUGUGUAUAGUUUGUUAUAUCCAUCUAUAAAGUAGUUUUUUAUACUCAGGAUUUACAAAUACCUAAAGAUUAUAGAAUCAAUAGUAGAUCGAGUAAUUUGUGUAUUACAAAAUGUACAAAUCAGUGCAAAACACAUGAAAACCGAGACCAAAAACUGUCAUGAAGUGACUCUCUUGGGUUAGAAAAUAGAUCGAUUUUGGUUAAAGAUCUAACUAUACUUAAAAAAGUAAAAAGUAUGUUUGAAUAAGAGCAUUCAACCAAAUUUGUGAAUAUUGAGUAUCAUUACUAGUUUACUACCUAGUUCGUCGAAGAAUGUUUUUGUCACACUUUUAUUAUAUUGCAGUAUUUACAUGUAACAUCAUUUUACAUAGCAUAUUUAUACUGGUAAAGGACUAAGAGACACUAUUUGCCCACUCAAUAAGCUGAUAGAUAAUGGCAGUUCUCACAAGUGUUGAAACAUUGUCAACUUUAGAAGUUCUAACACUUUAACAGUGGUACGAUUGAUAUGUUACCCAAUGUGGCUUUGCCUGUCCAGGUUUCUCCUUAUGACUGGAACUAAAUAACGACUUGAACACUUUGCUUGCCUCUGGAUUAGCAGCUACAGACUUGUAUUUGGAGUAAGCGAGAGUUUUGUCACCAUUUGAAGAACUUUCUGCUUUAGUAAUUGUGGAUGAUGACUUAGUUUUAGAUUUUGGUGGUUUCAUGUUUGACUCUGAUCUUAAGGUAGAUGAUGUAGUUUGGGAAACUGACGAUGAUGUAUCAAUUUUGGAUUUCUUGGAAUCUUUGGUAGCUGUGUCCAGGGCUUCGCCGUUUGCUCUCUUGGACUUUUUAGAUUUCUUUUCUUCUUUUGCUUUUUGGCGUCGUUCAAGCAUUCCUCCCUGCAACUUGGUGACAUCAUCCUCACUACCAUUUAUAAUGAUCAGAUCUUCCUCAGCGAAUGGUGUUCCGCAAUUAUGACAAGAUGCCGAAGGAACCUCCUUCAACCCACGUUCUGAGAAAACACACCCACAUUUCCAGGAAAAACAGAAGCGAUAGCGGCCAUUCAUUUCCAAACCGGAAAUCGGGCAGAUGUAAUCAGAUGCUUGGAAGUCGUGAUAUGUGUUUGCAGCAUGGCCAUUAUUUUUGAAGUCUUUCGGUACUUUGCGGAUUUUUUUGGUCAAGACAAGUUGCUUGAUAUCCUUAAGGCUGCGAAUAUGUUUUGCAGUAUCAGUUGUGGCUUUGGAUUUAUCCAACAGAUACUCUAACACUGAUUCCUUACGAUACAGCUUGCCCAAUUCACAACAUACAAUAGGCUCACACAGUUCUUGUUGGCUAAUGGCGCAGUGAAACCAUUUGGCAUUUAACUCGAUUUCUUUGUCGACUUUUUCCGGUUUUUUCUUCUCACGAACUAACUCGCAUCUCUUUGGUAUCGUUCCACCAUCGCAACCCAUGGUUUUGCCGUGGAAAAUAGCAAAAAGUUGUAGAAAAAGAUCAAAAAGAAAAAUUUUGUAAAUCUUUUACAAAACAACAAAAAUUUGGCGAGUGGUCAG